CAUAAUAUAUCUAUUAUCAUCCAUAAGUUGAGUUUGAAAUUGUGUACAAAAAAGUAUACRAUUCUUGUUUUUCAAAUACUCGCUUGAAUAAAUACCAGUAGUAUGGAUCUUGAUAAACAUUUGAUUAAGAAAAUAAACGCAAUAUUUGUUGGACGUUUCGAUGACAUCUUGACCGUAUGUAUCAUCAAAGCGUUUAUACGCAAAGCGAGGCACAUUGUGUCGCAUAUAAACAAAGCCCUAUUCGUAUUACAAAUUCGUUGUUAUAUCCGAGCUUCGUGAUCGUUGUCUAUCAAAGCCUUAGAUCUCUGUUGUCCACAAUGGAUUCAACGACUACUUCAGAGGGACAAGUUUCGUCUUUACAACACUUUAGUUCGUUAGCUUUCGAACAAUUUCAAUGCUUUCGUUCAAAUCAAGAACUGUGUGAUGUAUUCUUAUCUGUCGAUGGUGUCCACAUUCCUGCUCAUAGAUUGGUUCUAGCUGCUUCAAGUCCUUAUUUUCGAGCUAUGUUUUCUGGGAAAAUGGCCGAAAGCGUUCAGAAGGAAGUCUUCUUGUCUGACUUGGAUGGAAAAGCCGUGGAAAAAAUUAUUGAUUUCUUCUACUCCGGGAAGGUCGCGAUUGAUGAAGAUAACGUACAGUCCUUGCUUUAUGCUUCAUGUCUUCUAGCAGUAAAGGACGUUAAAGAAUAUUGCUGUGACUUUCUACAACGAGAAAUCACAGUUUCAAAUUGUCUGGGGAUUCGCGCCAUCGCCGAUACACUUUCUUGUAGUGAGCUCUUCGAAGCUGCAAACCUCUAUGUCACUGAAAACUUUUCUGUGGUUCUCGUCUGUGAAGAAUUCCUACUUCAACCUUUCGAGUCGCUAAGCACCUUGAUUGAUUCAGAUUAUCUCAAUAUCUCUGGUGAAUGUGAGCUUCUUGACGCCGUCGUAAAGUGGCUUCAUUGGGACAACCUGGAUCGAGCGAGGUAUGCACGCUCACUUCUAAAGCGUAUAUAUUUGAUGAAAAUACAUGUCAGCCGGCUGGAGAGUUUAUUGAACGACUCCAUUAUAUCCACUGACUGUGAAUGUCUUGAUCUCAUCCUUGAGGCGUUAGACACCCUUGCGUCUGAGAAUGUAUCAAGUGCAUAUGAAUUUCCAUUGUUUUUGAGUAGAGUUUAUGGUAAAGCUAUGGAGGUGUUGUUUUCAAUUGGGGGUGAAUCAGCAGGAGUAACACUAGAUUCCACAGAAUGCUAUGACUUGAAAGGCAACACCUGGGAUUGGAAUAUAUCUGUAAGGGAUUUAGAGCCUCUUUCAUUACCAGCCCUGGAGCAAAGUAGGAAUAACGCAACGUCAAGUACCACAGGCCGUCAUGUCUAUGUUAUUGGUGGAAGCUAUUCAUGGAAGGCCCUUGAUGUUGUAGAGAGGUAUGAAUGGCCAGAAAACAAGUGGAGGCAGCUGUCUUCACUGAACAAAGGUCGGCUGGGUGCAGGGUCUGCUAUUGUUAACGGACAGCUGCUUGUUGCAGGAGGGUGUGGUGAAGAUGGAUAUUUAUCAAGUGUUGAGUCGUAUGACCCUCUUUUGGAUAAAUGGAGCCUAAUAAAGCCAAUGAAUCAGCGUCGUAGUUAUCUGGGUGUGGCUGAGCUCAAUGGAUAUGUUUAUGCCGUGGGUGGCUAUUGUGGUGUAUCAGGUGAAAGUGAUGGUUUCAUGGCUAGUGCAGAGUGUUAUGUUCCUUCUAAUGACAUGUGGAUACCAGUGACACCAUUGUUACAGCCAAGAGCUCACUUUGGUCUUGUUGCUGAAGGAGGUUCAUUGUAUGCUUUGGGAGGCUACAACAGCUCUUGGCUGACAUCAUUAGAGAGGUUUGAUCCAAGAGAAGGACAGUGGUACCGCUUCCCUUCUAUGAAAUCCCCUCGCAGUAGUGCAGGGGCAUGCUCCAUUAACAACUGCUUAUACAUUGCUGGUGGAUUUGAUGGUGUCAAAAACUUGAAUUCUGUAGAAUCUUUUGAUAUUAGAGCUGAGAAAUGGAAGCAAAUGAAUCCUAUGAGAACAGUACGUUUUGGAAUGUGUCUUGCAGCAUGCAGACUUUAGAGCAGCCAACCAGAAUGCAAGAAAAAUCUCUGCAGAAAUUUGAACCAACAGUUUUAGUAUUUCGGAAUCCAUACUUUUGUAUUCAUGAGUGUUUGUCAGUUCUCCAAAUUUCUUUUCGUUUUCUCCAAAUUAGACCAAAAAAUACAAUAUGUUUUCAAGUGAACAACUCAAUAAUGUACAAAACUUAGCCAAAACAUUGGUGUCAGAAAAAUUUUAUCUUUCUGUAAAUAGCAUAGAAAACAUUUAGGUAUGGCCCAUUGUGUAAAUAUAUUGUUAAUUGUAAUAUGUCUCCAUUCAAAUUUCCAUACUCAUUUUGAAAAAAAAAGGAUUUUUUAAUUAGAUUUUAGA